AUGUCAAGUCUUCUGACAUACUUCCCUACCUCAGUUUACUGCUUCCUCCUCCUCAUUUUUGUGAUCUCAACAAUCUUCCACUUUGAACUUCGACUCUCAAAGUUGUCCAUAGUAUGUGAAGAGCCACCAAUCCUUGAGACUCCAGUCCCUACAGUCUUUCACCAUGAUGGCUUCUGGACAGUGCUUUCUCAAGGCCGUCUGGGAAACCAGAUAGGUCAGUAUGCUGGCCUCUAUGCUCUGGCAAAACUCAAUGGGUAUCAGGCCUAUAUCUCACCAAGGAUGCAUGAUUUUCUCUCUCCCUUGUUCCGCAUCACCCUCCCUGUUCUCCCAGACAGUUUGGCCCAAAAAAUACCUUGGCAAAACUACCACGUACAUGGCUGGAUGACAGAGGAACACCGUCAUAUUCAAGGUGCCUAUGUCUGUAUCACAGGUUAUCCCAAUUCCUGGACUUUUCACCACCAUAUCAUAGAUGAGAUCCGUCGUGAAUUCACCCUGCAUGACCAUGUCCGAAAUGAAGCUCAGGCCUACCUCCAUGGAAUACAGAAAAGCCCAGCCACCUUUGUGGGAGUCCAUGUCCGCCGAGGUGACUAUGUUUAUAUCAUGCCCCAGUGGAAGGGUGUGAUAGCAGACAAGGGCUACUUAGAUCAAGCUAUGAAUUGGUUCAGAGCCCAUUACAAGGAUACCAUCUUUGUGGUCACCAGCAAUGAUAUGUCAUGGUGCCAGGAGAACAUUGACAACACCAAGGGAGAUGUGGUAUUUGCAGGGGAUGGAGUGGAGAGCUCUCCAGGGAAGGAUUUUGCUCUGUUGAUCCAGUGCAACCACACCAUCAUGACCAUUGGCACCUUUGGCCUCUGGGCUGCCUACCUCACAGGUGGUAUGACAGUCUAUUUGGCCAACUACACCCUUCCAGACUCACCCUACCUCAAUGAUUUCAAACCUGAGGCUACCUUUCUCCCUGGAUGGGUAGGGUUCCCAGCUGACCUGUCACCCCUGCUCGAGCACUGA